GCAAGCUACGACCUUAUAUAUGCGUAGAGCUCUCAACUUCAGUUAACAAUUGACAAACACAGAGUAGUAACCUAUUGCACGGUGGGUUGAGCAACGGCGUGAACGCUGGCGUCUCACGGCUAGUAACGGGGAGUCAUCUGUUGCACGACCACCUUGAGGUGAUCAGAUCAGAGGUGAUCAGUAUUUGAUUGAAAGGAGCCACUGCACUGUGAUUAAGGCACCAAGCUGCGUACCAUUAUCUGACCAUUUGAAAACAUGGUGCAAAACAAAAUCACGGAGGUCACAGGAUUCCAUCGCUCCUUCAAGGGGCAAAACCCUUUCAAGACUGAUGAAUUCAUAGAUUCGGAACCCCAUGUUGACUCAUCCUUCAAGUUAGACCGCUUGCCAAGGCCUGACAUGCCAUCCAGCCAGCCCAUCAAUAUCCCUGAUGCCAAGAAGAGAAAUAAAAAGAAAAAACGAUGCAGAGCCACUGACAGUUUCUCCGGACGUUUUGAAGAUGUUUACAAACUGCAAAAUGAGAUUCUUGGAGAAGGGGCUUAUGCUGUUGUUCAGACCUGCAUCAAUCUGAUCACCAAUAAAGAAUAUGCAGUAAAGAUAAUUGAGAAGAGGCCGGGCCACAGUCGGAGUCGUGUUUUCAGGGAGGUGGAAAUGCUCUACCAGUGCCAGGGCCACAGAAACAUUUUGGAACUGGUUGAAUACUUUGAGGAAGAGGACAAAUUUUAUUUAGUCUUUGAGAAACUGAGAGGCGGUUCUAUCUUGACUCACAUACACAGAAGACAACACUUCAAUGAGCAGGAAGCCAGCAUAGUGGUGCAGGACAUCGCCAGUGCUCUGGACUUCCUACACAACAAAGGGAUGGCACAUCGAGACCUAAAGCCAGAGAACAUCCUCUGUGAACAUAGUGACAGGAUCUCUCCUGUGAAGAUCUGCGAUUUUGAUUUGGGAAGUGGGAUCAAACUGAAUAGUGACCGCUCUCCUAUCUCCACCCCUGAGCUCUUGACUCCGUGUGGCUCAGCUGAAUACAUGGCCCCUGAGGUGGUGGAGGCCUUUAAUGAGGAAGCUAGCAUCUACGACAAGCGCUGUGACCUGUGGAGCCUUGGCGUCAUCCUUUACAUCAUGCUGAGUGGAUACCCGCCCUUUGUGGGUCGCUGUGGAACAGACUGUGGUUGGGACUGGGGAGAGCCCUGCCAAGCCUGCCAGAGCAUGCUGUUUGAGAGUAUUCAGGAAGGCAAAUAUGAGUUUCCAGAGAAGGACUGGGCACACAUCUCUCCUGCAGCCAAAGACCUCAUCACCAAGCUGUUGGUGCGGGACGCCAAAGACCGUCUCAGUGCUGCCCAGGUUCUUCAGCACCCUUGGGUCAAGGGGUGUGCACCCAACGCUGUGUCUGCAUCCAUAUUACAUCAGAGGGGUGGUAGCGCUCAAGACCUGACGUUCUUUGCAGGGCAGGCCAUAGCCAUGAACCGGCAGCUGGCUGAGAGGGAAGAGAGCGAGGAGCAGCAGCAGCUAGAGAAGGAGCUUUCCUCCCCGCUUAUCCUCUCCUCCAGCUCUGGCUCCAUGCUGCUGUCUCCUUCCUCCAGGUCCAAGCUGGCCCUCCGCAGGAAGACCGCAGGCAGCCAGCACCGAGGGCCGGUGUGUGCUGCUGAACUACGCCAGCUCCUCGCCCCGCUUGUGAUCGUUGGUGACUGUGCCUGAUCUCUACCAUGUUUUCCAGCCUCCGCUCUCCACUGACGACUAUUGAUGACGCCCUAUCGCAAUCUUCAACUAGGCAGUGCGUUGACAUCUUGACAUCUCUGCCCACUUACUUUGUGGGCUCUAAGCUCUUGUGAGAAGGACUCUCAUGUUUGUAGCACUUAAAGCACCACAAAUGCCCCUGCAAACAAAAAGCUUGUUGUGGCCAGGAAAAAAACUUGAUGUCUGAGUCUCUGGAAUCUGUCAAUAUAACAAUGUUUAUGAAAAACCUUGGGAACCAAAGGACUCAAGUUGCUUUCAUUCAUCUAAAGCUGUACCCCACCUAAGCAAUUAAAUUUCUAAGCAUCAGGACAAAUAUUCUGCUCUUUGCCUUUGAGCUCACAUGGGACCCCCCAGCAGCCGAAUCAUUCGAUUUGUACUUAUGCCAUAUUUGAGACUUAUUUCUCACUCCCAAAGUGAUAUUGACGGCAGACUGAGACUAUGUAAGUGUUGCUGGGACUCAAGUGGCAAAUGAUUUAUUAUUCAAGUUAUUCAGGGCAGAAAUUUCAGCCAUGUUGUGUGGGGUUUCUCUAGUCUGAAUUUAUUUAUCAAGGACCUCAUUUACCAGUUUCACUCCACUGUGUAAUACUUAUUUUCUGCCAAACGCAAAUCUCAGCAGUGUUUUCAGCAGAAACCUCAGGAUCUCUUUCCGAAUGAGAAACCAAAGCAUAUUUUAAAGCAGAAAGACUCAUUCUGUGUCAGUUCAUUGGUGUUUUACAUUUCCAUUUUGUCCUCGCACUGGAAAGUUUAGCCUUUUUCAGGGAGACGGAGCAGUGCAGCGUAACUUUUGUACUCGGCCUCUCAGGAAAACAGGAAUUAGUUGCAUAAUCAUAUUUCCUCCCCCUUCCCAUUUCCUCAUAUGACCUGCAAUACAAGGAACUGCCAGAGGUCCAUUUCAAGAUUGUGUAGCAAAUUUAGUGAAAUUCUCUACCAUUUUCAUUUCCAACUCCAUUUUCACCGUUCAUUCAGUUCGUCAUUGAACAUUUCGUGAACACACGGGCUCUGUCAAUGACUCCAUUCACUGUUUGAAUAAAGGUGAUUUAUUCCAUGAAAAGACCUUAAGUCCUGUUAGCCUUCAUUUUGUACUUGUAGACUGAUAUCUAAUGAAAAGGUGAAGCUCAGAUGCGCAAGAAGCCUCCAGACAUGCCAAUGUGCCAUGCUGCUAUAUUGCUUUGCCCAUUCCCUCGCCCCUGCCCUCUUUUUUUUAUUUUAUUUUUUUUAUUUAUUGUUUGUGUGUUAGAAAGGGAGAUUUUUUUUUUUCUUCCUUUUUUUAAAGUGUCAGUUUAUUUGUUUUUAAAAAUAAGAUUGUUGAACUUGAAUGAGAGAGUAGGUGGAUCCCCCACCCACCCCCCACCCUUUUUUGGUCCUCAGUUAAGCAUAGACUAGCUCAAAUUGUUCUUAUAUGCUACUUGUUACUGUUGUUUCGCAACUUUACUCUUUGAUCACUUUAAUGCUUGAUCAAAGUUUUUCUUGAAUGGUGUCAUCAGCAAAUAUGCAGAUCAACCAGGAACAAAACCAAGUGGUCCUACUCACUCUGAAGCAAAGCCUUUUUUUUUUUUUUUUUUUUUUUUUUUUAAGCAUUUUGAAAUGCAUACACAGCUUAUUUCCUCUUUUUCUGAUGGAAACCACCUUGGAAUAUGCUGAGUUUAGUCUUUCUUUCUGAGAACGACCUCAUUGUUUUUGUUUUUGUUUUUAUUUUUUACUUGCCAUUGCAUUUUCAUCUAAUUUUUGAACCCCCUCAUACAUGAAAAUUACUAGUCUACACUUAUUUUAGGGACCAGUGUAGCUUUCAUGUUUAUCUUGUAUUUUCAUGUGGUUGUACCAUUUUUGUUUCUCAUCUGACCCAGGGGGGCCAAAAUAAAGAACAUGGAGAAUUGUUCAACUACAAUGGUUACAGUUUUCUUGUAAAAACUCUCAUAAUUGACUAUAUACCUUAACUCAGGGGAUUAUUAUUAAUAAUAAUAUUAUUAUUGCACGUGGUCAGAAUUGUUGGUACCCUUGGUAAAUAUGAUCAAAGAAGGCUGUGAAAAUUAAUCUGCAUUGUUAAUCCCUUUUGAUCUUUUAUUUAAAACAUUCACAAAAAUCUAACCUUUGGAGAAUAAGAAUUUAAAUUGGGGGGGAAAUACCAUUAUGAAUUUUUUCUUUUUCUCUAAUACACAUUGGCCACAAUUGACGAUACCCUUUUAUUCAAUACUUUAUUUUUUUUUUUAAACCUCCAUUUGCCAGUUUGACAGCUCUAAAUUCUCCUAUAAUGCCUGAUGAGGUUAGAGAACACCUGACAAGAGAUCAGAGACCAUUCCUUCAUCCAGAAUCACUCCAGACCCUUUAGAUUCCCAGCUCCAUGUUUCUCUUCAGUUCACCCCACUCAUUUUCUAUAGGGUUCAGGUCAGUGGACUGGAAUGGCCAUAGCAGAACAUUUGUGUUGUUUUUGAGGUUUGAGUUAGCUGUUCUAACACUUAUUGAUUGAUUUUUUUUAUUUUUUUAUCUGUUGGUAUUUGAUAGAAUCCAUGAUGCCAUGGAUGGAGCUGUGGUCCUUGGAGAGUCUUUAGCCACUCAAACUCUCCUCCUCACCAUGCAUUAGGGCGACAUAGACACACGUCCUCUUCCAGGCAGUUUCGUAACAUUUUAUGUUGAUUGGAAAUUCUUAAUUAUUGCCCUGAUGGUGGAGAUGGGAAUUUUCACUGCUCUAGCUAUUUUCUUAAAGCCACUUCACUAAUUUGUGAAGCUCGAUUAUCUUUUGCUGCACAUCAGAAAUAUAUUCUUUGGUUUUUCUCAUUGUGAUGGAUGAUUAAGGGAAUUUUGGCUUUGUUUUCCCUCCUAUUUAUAUUUCUGUGAAACAGGAAGCCAUGGCUGGAUAAUUUCAUGUUCAUAAUCACCCUGGAGUGCUCAAAAUUGUGAAUAUGAAUGGGAAUAUACUUCAGAGAUAUCUUAUAAGAAUUUCUAGGGGUACCAAUAAUUGUGUCCAACUUGUAUUUGAGAAAAACAUUUAUUUCAUAAUGAGAUUUUCCCCCAUUUUCAAUUGUUUUCGUUCAAUGAAAGGUUAGAUUUUUUUUUAUUUUUAUAUAUAUAUAUAUACAUGUAUAAAAGAUCAAAAGGAUUUAAUAAUGCAGGUUUAUCUUUUUUGAUUAUAUUUACCAAGGGUACCAACAAUUCUGACCACCUUUAUUAUUAUUAUUAUUAUUAUGACAAACAGCCUGCCACCAAAGUUCUUUAAAGCAUCUUUAAAGAUGCUUUAAUGAUCAGCUUUUUCCACAUUUCACAUAAACCUAAAUAUAGAGAAAGAUUUAGAGAAAGCUGCUUAUUUUUCUUUUUUACCUUUUUUUGUUUUGUUUUGUUUUUUGCUCUUAAAAAAAAUAAAUAUU